CAAAAAUUUAAAAGAGGGUUGCUGAAAGUUGAAAUUUUUCACCUAAAUUUGGGAAAUUGGAGAGCCUAGGAUGAUGAGAUUCGCAUUUACAAGCGGAGCCUCACCCAAGAUUUCACCGGGCGGGGCAUCCAAGGGGAGUGAGGCUGAUCUCAUCGCCUGCACUUUCAACAUUCAAGACGAGGCUAUGAGUGUGGUGGGAAGUGAGGUAAUGCCCCUGGAGUAUGGUGGCAUGGAUUCGGAGACCAGUCCGUCUCCAACGAGUUCGGAGAGGACAGUGGAGGAGAGGGGAGAAGAAGUAGUAGUAGGGGAGGAAGAAGAGGAAAUUCCCUCGAAUGUGUUAGAAUCUGGGGAUGGCGUAGACGGGUGCUAUGACCCGGACCUAGAGAUAGUGUCCGAGGCUGGGGGUAGAGGAGAGAAGGGAUGGUACCACUUCGGUCCUCGGUCGUCCAGCAAAGAGAAUAAGAAUUUAUUCUCUCCUGGACCGUCAUCCAUCAAAGGGUGGAAAGAAAAUUUCUUCUUUGUGGAUGACACCGAGUGGAGUAGGAGGGAUUCCGAAGUGGAACAGUUGUCUGCUUGGAAAGCGAAGAAAGCCAAGCAGAACAACUAUAAAUUAAAUGAGGAUGAGGCGGAAGAGGUGGAGAAGCUGGUGAGGGAGGAUGGAGAUGUGGUGGACAUCUUAUACCUCACCAGUUCGCAGGCAAUAGAGGCUGCUGAGCUCUAUGGGCCAAGCUCAUUGAGCGAAGCUGAGAUGGAGGAGUUUACAAAUGCUGCUGGGGGCUUGCGCAUCCCUAAAAAGCCAAGGAAGAAGUCAACGACUUCAGCUGUGGCGAACAGAGGGGUGCCCGAGAGAGAGCGCCUACCCAGCACCUCAGCCCGGGCCGUGGAGGUGCAGCCAAGGCCGGAGCCUGUGAUGGGGGGCAGCGAGGACGUAAGCGAGGAGACGGCACCGCUCCAGAGGAAGAAGAGGAGGGUGGCAGAGCUAGAAGGCAGGGUGGAUGAGAGUGCGAGCUGGACAAACGCUCUAGCGCAGGAAUAUACGGAGAGCGUUAGAGAUCGUGCCAGCUUGCAGAGGCAAUGUGAUGUCCUGCGAAAGGAGAAGGAGGAUCUCCAGAAGGAAAAGGGGGAGUUGCAGAAGAAAAACCAGCAGAUUCAGAGGAGGCUGGAUGAGGUGACACCAACAGUGGCCGAGCUCCGGAGUGACAACAGCAUCUUGAGCACGAAACUGUCUCUUGAGGAACGCAAAAGGAAAAUUUGCGAAGAGAAGCUUGAGGCUCAAGACAAGUAUAUCGAGAGCCUGAAGAAAGGGGCAAUGGAGCUGAAGAACAACGUGGAGCUGUUGGUGCACAACGGAAUGGAGGGACAUAUUGGCAACUUUCUCAACUCCAGCGCCUUCGAGGACAUCCUCAAGCUCUACCGGCUGCCAACCGCCAUCCUGGCCUUCACGGACUGCAGAAAGAGGGUGAAGGCUCAGUACCCAGAGGUGGACGUGACAACGGUCACCUUUGGGGAACAGGAGGAAGGAGUGGAGGAGGAUGGGGAGAGCCUCUGUGCUGACUUCCGACCUCAAAUCACGUUGAGGUGGGAGCGUGAUGCCGAGGGGCGCAAGAUUGAGGCUCUGCAGGUUUUUGAGGAGAAAAAGAGUACUGUUGGAAGGAAAGGUACCAGAAAGGAGACUGCAGCUGAGAUCAAGGGCGAUUACAUGACCUGUGACAUUAUCACACCUAACCCCAUCCCAAGAACAGCAGUCUAUACCUACCUUCCAGGACUUAGUCUUAGAAUGAUUAGGUUUGGUGUCGUAAAAGUACGCACAUAAAGAAUCAAAAGGAGAAAGAGUGUAAUUGAUGGAAAAGGAAGUCUUGAAUUGCAACAAGGCAGCAGCCUCCUCAUGAGAGCAGAGAUGUGUUGUUGAGAAGGAAGAAGCAUGUGAAGAGGAUGAGAAGGCAGAGGAAGAAGAAAAGGAGGCAGAGUGG